AUGGCACUGUUCUUUUAUAACACUGGAACAAGUUUUUACAGAAUUGAAGACCCCUACUUGCUCUCUGCCAUUCAGCUAGCCUGCCCACAAGCAAAAUUGCCAACAAGUAAGCAACUGGCCAAUGAUAGUCCUGGUGGUCUUCUUCAAGAAUGUUAUGAAGAGGUUAAAGAUAAAGUGGACAGUUUACUCUCCAAACCUAACCAAUUCAUCUCCAUUACCAGUGAUGCUUGGUCAAAUAUUGCCAAUGAAUCUGUUGUCAACUACAUGGCUGUGUGUCCAAGUAAGUCACUUUCUCUGGCAUCAGUUAACCCUUUAAUGCACGAGGCACUUCCUAUGCAUUAA